AUGGCGGCAGCAUCAUACAUACCGCUGGUUAGCGAUGGCGGGCCCAGCUCACCAGUGGAACACAUGCCGUACUCGGAUGUCGACCUGGAAAAGACGGCGGAUGAGAAUAUACCAAGAUGGUAUCAGUUGCAGUUGCCCGCCCAGUUCCAGCUGCCGCGGUGGAAGAUGGCAUCCGGUCGGGAUAAGUGGUCGACCUGGAGCAUGGCCCCUAAGUGGGACAACGUGCCCGACGCCAAAACAUUGGGCUGGCUGGUCCUCUCCUACAUGCUCGCCGCCCUCCCCCGAUUCAUGCAGCCGGGCGGCAUGAGCGUCAAAAAGGAACUACACCCCACCGCGUACCUGGACGCCUUGCGAGGCUGGGCCGCGCUGUUCGUCUUCCGCUAUCACUGCUUCGCCAACAAGACAUGGCUGCUUGAGCAGCCCGUGUUCCACGCCAUCCUCAACGGCCGGGCCAUGGUGGACAUUUUCUUUGCCAUUUCCGGAUACGUCCUCAGCUAUCGCCUUCUCAAGAUGAUGCGCAAUCAGCAACCAGGCAUGCUCCGGGCCCUGGCCUCAUCGUCGUUCCGGCGGUGGUUUCGCCUGUACGCAUCGUGCGGUGUGGCCUCGUUCAUGACCGCCUACAUGUCGUACCUGGGAUGGUGCCAGCCCUCUCACCGCAAGCCCACCAUCCUUCUGCAGCUGGACGACUGGUUUUGGGACUUCAUCGGGUCCAGCAAUCCCAUGGGCGACAUCAGGGGCUGGUGGUAUCCCGGCGUCUUCCGCACGCACUACCUCGACCAGAUGUGGACGAUCCCGGUCGAGUUCAAAGGAUCCAUGCUCCUGUUCUGGUUCUGUGCCGCCGCGGCCUACCUGAGUCUUCGCGGCCGCCGCACCUUCGCCAUGGUGGUCAUAAUCCUCUGCUACCUUUGGGGCGUUGUGUAUGGUGCCCUCUUCAUCUUCGGCAUGCUGAUCGCCGACGUCUCCUUCGACCGGCAUCCCGAACGGAUGCAGCGCAUCCGGCUUCCCCAGCAGCACCAGGACGGCGAUGGACCGGAGUCCGCUCCCCGCCGACAGUCCAUCCCGGCCAAGAUCGGCUGGGUGUGCCUGACCAUCGUGGCCCUGUUCAUCCUGGGCCAGCCAUCCGACGGCCACUAUGAUCUCGCCUGGGGCUGGCCCACUCUCAGCCGUGUCAUCCCCUGGUGGUACCCGGUCGAGCUGGGCGAGCACUUCUGGCUCAGCAUCGGUUCGGCCCUGCUGGUCUUCUGCCUGGACAACUGCCGCAUGCUGCAGAUCCCCUUCGAGCUCGGCUUCUCCCAGUACCUGGGCGACCUCUCUUUUGGCGUCUACGCCAUGCACAACACCAUCAACUGGGCUCUGUACCAGCGCAUCGUCCAGCCGUGGUGCUGGGCUCACUUUGGCGAUGGCUACUGGUCCGGCGUGCCCGGCAUCACCUUUACCACCAUCGUCGUCCUCUGGACCGCCGACUACUUCACCCGGAUCGACAACCGCGUGGUCUGGUUCGCCAAGUGGAUGGAGGAGAAGGCCUUUAUCAAGUGGCAAGAGCAGUCGUAG